ACUUGUAUUCCUAAACAAAUCAGUUUGCUUUCUCACUCAGUUGCUACACGUUAUAGUCAGUAUUUUCACAAUUUUCUUUAUUUUUACCAAAAUGGACGUAGCUAACCCUAAUCAGGAUAGAUGCAAAUUGCAGAACUAUGAAGAAAAUCGAGAUGAUGAUACAGACGAAGCUGAAUCCGAUAACGAUAUGUUGGUUGAUGAGACCGAAGGAUCAUCUAGUGAGAAUAGUCUCGAUACUGUGGAGGAACAUGAGCUGGAAAUUACAGAUAAUGAUGCCGAGGAUAACGAGGAUAAUGAUUCCACGGACUCAACAACGGUUAAUAUGAACAGUGAUAGUACCAACAGCGGCACUGAUGAAGGAAUUCCGCAUUUGACCAGAAGCCAAAUGAACAAUCAGCACUUGGCUCCUUAUAUUUGCAACGUUUGCAAAGGAUAUGUACGUGGAGCCGUCAUAACCAUAUGCGGACAUUUAUUUUGCUGGACCUGUUUGUGGCCACUGCUGGAGAGUCGAGCUUAUCCAAAUUGUCCUCGCUGUCUGCGACGUUUGAAUCUACACGAAGACAUUGUGCCCUUCCAUGGCGAGGGACCCCAUGCCGAGGCCACCGAUGCCAAUGAAGUUGCCCAGCCGGGGAAUGUGGAACGCCCGUCGGGCGUGUAUCUAAACGAAUAUCAUCCGGAAUGGUUUGCUGUCAAUGAAUUCGAACGUCUUGUCCUAAAUGCUCUUAUCGAAAGUGAGACUGAAAGAAAUCUAUACGAUGUGCUCCUGAAAAUUCCAAUCUAUCAUCCACUUAUUGCAACCUGUAUAAAGUUUCUAAAUGGGAUUCAGAUUUCCCUGGGACUAUUAAUGUUCAUUCUGUGGGGCUUUUUUUCAUUGAAUGAACGUAACUGAAUUUCAUUCCCCAAGACGGAAACAACUCAUCUGAGUUUAUAAAGAGUUUCAUAUAAAGCAAAUAAUAUAUUACUAGUUUCUGGACUUUAGUUAAUCUUACUUUUGCCAAAUAUCUAUGAAAUAAAUCGACUUAAAUUUCUGUAUA